GAUAAGAUAAACCGUUCUCGAAGAGACAAUUAGACCAUUUCUGUUCAUUACAAACCAUUUGUUAUUAUAAGUAAGUGUUGCGCAGUAGUGUAGACGUUACAAACCAAUGAUGUCGGAACAUUUCACAGUCAUCCAAGAGAAGGAAGGAGAGUUCUUUGGACCACGACAAGUGCUUAUUCGUGGCGUACGAUUAACAAUCAACGCGCCCAGCACUGGUAAGGAUCUUGAGAGGGAUCUGAGUCGUUUUGAAACCCGUUCAGACGAUGUCUAUGUGGUCAGUUUUCCAAAAUCAGGAACAACUUGGGUGCAAGAAAUAGUCUGGCAAAUACUCAACGAUGGAAGAAUCAGCGAAGAAAGGGUGGAAAGUCGCUAUCCCUUUUUGGAAAAAAGUCAGCUCUUCGAUAGGCCCGGAGACGAGUCAGACGGGCAGNNNUCCGUGACUUCUCGGCCCAGUCCCCGCUUAAUUAAGUCGCAUCUUCCUUAUCAUGUGAUUCCAAUGAGUAAGGAGGAGAGCAAAAGAAGCAAGUAUAUUUACGUGGCAAGAAAUCCAAAGGACGUUGCUGUUUCAUUUUAUCACUUCGUCCAAAGCUUUGAUCCUGGCAGUUAUUUUAAUGGGACGUGGGAGUUCUUCGUAAAGUUGUUUCUUGAGGGCAAAAAUUCCUAUGGCUUUUGGUGUGAUCACGUGGUACCCUGGUGGAAACACAGAGACGAACCUCACGUCUUAUUUCUAAAAUAUGAAGGUCUAAAGAAGGAUCUUUGUGGUAACGUUCGACUAAUCAGCGAAUUUCUCGAGAAGCCACUUUCAGAUGAAAUAAUCCGCAAAAUCACCCACCAGUGUACGUUUGCAGAAAUGAAGAAAAACUCCAACUCUUAUGUCUUUUCGAAAUAUGCUACAAAACCAAACUUGCUUCGCAAGGGUCAGAUUGGAGACUGGAGGAGCCUCUUCAGUGAAGAAUUAAACAAGCAAUUUGAAGAAACGUUCCUGACAAAAUUGAACGGGACUGGACUCCAUUUUGACACAGAAUGACAGACGUUGAUUGGUUUUUAACUUAAACAUCGAUUCCUUGUAAAAUGCAUUUUAGUAAUGUGGUGCUUUUAUUUUUAAUUGUUCAGGCUAUUGCGUAGCUAAGCAAAACAAUCUCUUUCCUGUCAAGUUUCAGAGAGGCACGAAUAAAGAGUGAUAGGGGUGUG